UUGAAAAACACUGUAGUACUCUCUCAGCUGUAGACACCCUGUAUAAGUCUAUGGUAGACACGCAGAUAAACAACGACGUUGAAAGUUGAAGUUUAAAAAGGGAAACAACGUUGAAACAGUUUUAAACAAGACCAGUUGAAGCAGAUCAGAUGGAGUUAGUGCUUCCACCCCAUGAUGGAACCGAGCUGUCAGUUGUUGAUAUGCACACUGGUGGGGAACCAUUGCGUAUUAUCAUUAGUGGAUAUCCAGAGGUAAAGGGUGAGAGUCUGCUAUCCAAACGUCGUUUCUUGAAGGAGCAUCUCGACGUUUUGCGUCAGACCUUGAUGUUUGAGCCACGAGGACACUAUGACAUGUAUGGUGCACUGAUUGUGGAGAGUGAGAUAUCUGAAGCAGAUUUUGGGGUCCUCUUCAUGCACAAUGAAGGAUACAGCACCAUGUGUGGUCACGCAGUUAUCGCACUUGGGCGUUUUGCAGUUGACUACAAACUGGUCAAAAAGAUACAGUCCCCAGAGACCCAAGUGAACAUACACUGUCCGUGUGGCCUGGUGAAGGCAUUUGUUGAGUAUUCAAAUGGUAAAACUGGAGGUGUAAGAUUCAACAGUGUUCCAGCAUUUGCAUUUGCUACAGAUGUGAUUGUCACAGUGGCAGGUUAUGGCGAAGUCAUGGUUGACAUAAGCUAUGGAGGUGCCUUCUACGCUUUUGUAGCUGCCCAGAGGUUCGGCCUGGAUGUCAACAAGUCAAGAACAAGAGAUCUAGUGGAUGCUGCCACAGCAGUGACAAAUUCUGUCAAAUCUCAAGUUAAGCUACACCACCCAAUCAAUGAGGAUCUAGCCUUUCUCUAUGGUACUAUCCUCACAGACGGCAACGACGUCUAUUCCCAAGAGCCAACUGCCAAUGUUUGUGUAUUUGCAGAUUCCCAGGUUGAUCGAAGCCCCACAGGAUCAGGGGUGACAGCCAGGGUGGCUCUCCAGUACCACAAACGCCUUAUCCUCCUCAACCAGACAAGAACCUUCCAAAGUGGGACAACAAGAUCUCAGUUUACUGGCAGAGCUGUUCAGGAGACAACAUGUGGAGACUUUAAGGCUGUGGUGGUGGAGGUGGCUGGCAAAGCACACUACACCGGCGUGGCCCGCUUUGUUCAAGAAAGCGCUGACAAGCUAACACAUGGGUUCCUCCUAAAAUAAUAACUUUGGUACUUACUUCAAUUCUGCUUGAAAGGCAAAAGUAAAAUACUUGGAGCCAAAUACUUGUUAACUCAAUGGGUAAAAGCAACUAAAAAUGUCAAGAGUUUGUAUUUCCUCACAUAUAGGCUACUUAAAGAUUGUCCAUCAUGCUAGCUAUGUAACGUAAAAUUGGGUCCUACACCAUACAUGUUUGCAUGCAUAAAAUAGCCUACUUCUCAGAUGAUUGUGAUUAUUAGCUACCUGUCAAUGGCUGCCACAUACGACGUAAACCUAUUCUUGACGCAAUUGCCAUGCUGAUAUGAGUAAUAAAAUGUUCAAUGGCAAUUUAUAUUUAUUUGUCACAAACAGUCAACACUGCACGUCCUUGGAUCCUGAGCAAGACACCUGCCACCUUUCAACGUCAUACAAAGCCCAAGUAUGUGCUCGUUUCCAUAAAGGGC